AUGCUGGACAGAGCAACGCUAACCUCUACCCCCGUAAUCCUAGCCUCGGGAGUCAUCCUCCUGCUACCUCUACUACUCAUCCCGCAAUUCAACGGAUGGACCAAACAUCUUCGCAUCCAGCUGCCGGGGCGGCGUCGCCAACGCAGUGAAAUUGUCUCACUCCGCGUAUACCCCAUCAAAUCAUGCCGUGGAUUCGAAGUCCAGUCCACGACGCUCAAGGAGCAAGGGCUGGACCUUGAUCGUCGCUGGAUGCUCGUCGACGCAUCCACCCACGAGUUCCUGACGAUUCGUCAGAUCCCGCAGAUGACGCGCAUCCGGACCGCGCUCAGUUCAGAUGGAAACGAAUUAAUCAUGACCGUUCCGUUUUCCCACGACGGAUCUGAACACGCAACGGACACCGAGCCCGAUCGGUCCGGAGCUGCACGCACCAUCCGAAUCCCAUCUCAUCCGACUCGCGAAUGGCUCGAGGCGAACACCCAGACCUCGAACGUCGAGAUCUGGGGCACCAAAACGGACGGAUACAUCUACCGCGAUGAUAUCAACAAGCCGUUCUCUGCUUUUCUGGGCCGACCCGUCGCGCUCGCGUACAAGGGCCCUCAACCACGUGUUCUGCAGGGCAACGGUGAUCCGCAACUGCUGGGACGCACUCAGAGCACCGCGUUCCCGGACGUAUGUCCCGUUUUGAUUGCGAGCGAGGCCUCUCUCGCAGAGUUGAAUGGCAGACUGCAGUCUCAGGAAUUCGAUCCGAUUACAAUUGAGCGGUUCAGACCGAAUAUCAUUGUUCGCGGCGAGACGCCGUGGAUCGAGGAUUCGUGGAAGACUGUGCGGAUACAUCGGGGCUCUGCCUCCUCGGCGCCGAAUGGCCCCCCGCCGCAUGAACCGCUAGAUGUGGAUGUUGUUGCGCGCUGUGCGCGCUGUCAGGUACCGAAUGUCGACCCAGACACGGCUGUCAAGCAUAAGAAGCAGCCGUGGGAUACGUUGAUGUCGUAUCGUCGUGUUGACGAGGGGAUCAAAUUCAAGCCUUGCUUUGGUAUGCUGGCUGCGCCUCGGAACGAGGGUCUUGUGGGGGUGGGGAUGGUAUUGGAAGUCUUGGAAGAAACGGAUAAGCAUCGAUAUCAUGCAGGUUUCUAA